AUGUCUAUGGAAUUUUAUUUGGAAGGUGAUCUUGUUAUGUGCUCCUUCCAGCUCAACUUCGAAACCAUCCUUGGCUACGAUUACCUCGAACUUCAUCUUAUUGACGUCUCGUCCUUUGCGCUUAAGAUGACUUCUGAAGUAACUGUCGUCGUCGAAACCGCUGUCACUCUGAAUGUUGAUAUUGUCGUCGACAUCGAAUGGAAUGAAAGCCUCCUCGACGUCACAUCUGCCUACUAUUUGGAACAAUAUGCGAAAGCAGAAGCCGACUUUGCCUCUUUCGGCGCUUUCAAAAUUGUUUCUCUCGUUUUCGAACUUCAAGCCGACGGAAGUAUUAUGUGCCUUACCGUCUUCGAGUUCCAGACUGCUUUGAGCGUCGAAACUCUCACAGAAAAAGUAGUCGCAACUGUGCCUGGCGCCGUCGUCACCGAAACCGUCCUCGCUGUCUUCGCCAAGAGCUUCUCGCAGACAACUACUUUCGCAUGGAAUGCGGAACUCCUCACUGUCGGAUCAGCCCUCUAUGUGCAACAAUAUGACGCCUUUUUGCUUCAAUUCUCCGCCUUCAAAUUCACCGUCAUUGCUUUCGAGUUUGUCGAAUCCGGCGGAUUUGCCAGCGUCAACGCAGUCUUUGAAUUCCAGUCCGCGUUUUCUUCAGCUGACCUUGAUGCUGCUCUUGAACUUGAACUUGGAAUCACUGCAGUCGAGGUUGAAUUCAGCUUCUUUGCGCUCGACCUUUCUUUCGAUCUUGACAUCACCUGGGACGUCGCCUUGUUGGACUUGGAAAGCUCCUUGUAUCUCGAACAGCAGGCGAUCGCUCUUGCCGGAUUUAGCUCAUACGAGUUCAAGAUAAUUUCCUUUGAAUUUAUUCAAACUGGAAGUGUGGUCUCUUGUUCUUUCUCGCUGGAGUUCUACACGGCUUUUGAAGAAGCUGCUUUGAUUGCCCAGCUCGAGACUGAGUUUACUGGUCUAACUGUUGCUGCCACUGCUUUAGAACUCCAAACUUACUCUUUGGAGCUUGUUUUCACUCUGGAUAUUCAAUGGAGCGCGGACCUUGAAGACGCCACAUCUGCCCUCUACCUUGUUGAACAAGACGCUGUUCUCGUUCUUAUUGGCGGAUUCAGCUAUGAGUUCUCAACUUUGAUCUUCUCUGAGCGUGAUGGAGUCGUUAUCUGCACUGUUGAUGCUGUUUUCGAAUCUUACAUGGAAAUUGAUGUCCUCAUUGAAGCUCUCAAAGUAGAAGUUGAGAUCCUCGACAUUGAGACUAGGGACAACAACUACCACCACCACCACCACAACUACUACUACCACCACUACUACGACUACAACAACAACUACGACUACUACGACUACAACAACAACUACGACUACUACUACUACUACGACAACAACGACUACUACGACAACGACAACAACAACAACAACUACGACUACUACGACUACAACAACAACUACGACUACUACGACUACAACAACAACUACGACUACUACGACUACAACAACAACUACGACUACUACGACUACUACGACAACAACGACAACUACGACAACAACAACAACUACGACUACUACGACUACAACAACAACUACGACUACUACGACUACUACCACAACAACGACAACAACGACAACAACAACAAUUACGACAACAACAACAACUAUGACAACUACGACUACUACAACGACAACAACAACCACGACAACUACGACUACUACCACAACUACCACAACUACGACUACUACUACAACUACAACGACAACUACGACAACCACUACUACUUCUACUACUACCACUACUACUACCACUACAACAACAACAACAACGACAACAACGACAACAACGACAACAACGACAACUACGACAACUACGACAACAACGACUACUACGACAACAACGACAACUACGACGCCCACUACGUCUACAGAAACUGCCACAGAAAUUGCUACAGGAAUGGCUGCAUUUAUCAUGGAAACUUUGUUCUUACUGAGAUUACUUUCACCAACAACCUCCUCAUCACUGGAUCGGCAGAAUACCUUGAAGCAGUUGCCCUUGUGGAGACAUACUUUGUUUCAUACGAGUCUGUCUUUAUUGAAACCAUUUCUUUCACUACCACUGAUCUCGUCAGCACAACAUGUUCCGUCGUCAUAAGUAUUACUAGCACAGAGAGCGUCGAAACUGUUAUCACUGAGGUCUCGGCGACUUUGGCAACCUUUACCACCAUUAGCUCUGUUACUGUUGUGCAGUAUGUUGAACUCACUGUUAGAACUUCCUUCACUGUCUCUGUGGUUCAAAAAGUCGUCCUCUCUGUCGCCUGGUCCGCUGAUCUCGCUGAUACUUCAUCUGCACUAUUCGAAGCACAAGCUGCUGUGGUUAGGGCUGCUUACAUGAGCUCCACUGCCGUUGCAAGUGUUCGAACAAUGACAAUCACGAACGUUGUUGUCCGUAGUUUCCGCCAGGUCGUCGUCUCUGGACGAAAGCGCAGACAAGCUGGAGAUGAUAUUGAAGCUGAUAUCGACAUCGAGGGAGAGUCCGACUCUACCGACGAGGCCGCCAUUAAACAAGCGGUCACUGAAGUCGCAACAGAAGCUUCCGAAAAUUCAGACCUUCUCGACGGAGCUCCUACAGUUGAAGAAGUUAAUUCCAGCGAAUCGAAGUUCAUGGCCUCGAUUGUCACUAUUCUAGCUGCUGUUCUUUUGUUUUAG